AAUCUCUGCACCGGGGAAAAACUGGAAGGUUGCGCAGUGGAGUUAAGGACUGAUUUUGAAGUCAAGACAAGACAAGCGCGAUAUCGUAUAGAGUACUGCCAUUGUUGCGUUGAUUUUUUUAAAAAAAUAUUUACGAGUCUGCCAUAUUUAAGAAAAUGCCUCUCAGUACUCGAGAAAUAAUGGAUGCCCUUGCCAUUGUGGCAGAACACGAAAACGUGAAAGUUGCAGUCAGGAAAUCGGUUACGGGAGGCGUUAUUGCUUGUUUAACAACUAUUUGUGGAGGCCUCCUGGGUGGACGUUUCGGCAUGGCGAUUGGAAAAAGGUUUUCUUUUCUCAGUAUGCUUUUUCUGACGUGCGUGACUACAUCCAGUAUACUAAUGCAGGGAAAGGGUAGGAUCUUUGGAUCUUUAAAGAAAGGUUUGCAUGAUUUUCUGCUGCUCGUUGCUGUAACAGAUUCAGUCAUCUUGAUAGCACAGUGUAGCACAUUAGGUGGAAUCGCAGCCUAUAUUAUGAGUGACAACUUCAAGCCUCUCCCACAAAUAUUAAAGGAAGACCUUAGUGUUCAACAGAAGGAAGAAUUGGUUAGAUCUGUUCGGGCUGUUAUUAAUGACAUUAGAGUAGAAGAUGCAGUUAUGCUUGCGACAUUGAUUGUCGGUAACAGAACUCUAUCAAAAACUGUUCUACAGUUGGUAGUAAAUUUUCUGAGAACUCAGAUGUAGAAGUAACUGGUCCAAGCUAUGUUCAGUAGUAUCAUUUUUCUGUUUAAAAUCAAACAAUAUUAUUGUCAUACAAUGUAGGCUCUCACAGCCAGUGUUGUCUUCAAUUAAAACUUCUGGGCUGAGAGGCCGUGGUCAUUGUAUAAAAUUUCCACCGAAUGUUACGUCUCCAUAUGCGGGAGACAUCUUCUGA